UUGAGUAUUCCAACUGCUAAAAGACCACCUUCCGCUUCAUUAGAAAAAGUUGAAAAGAAGAAACUUAAAAAAGAAAAACAAAAAAAGACAACAAAACAAAAAGCCCUCUCGAUUUAGACAAACAAUGUGGUGUCAUUCAGGGCUUAAAUAACACGCCAUGCACUCGCUCAUUGACUUGUAAAAGUCAUUCUAUGGGUGCUAAACGUGCAGUAGAAGGUAGAUCACAGCCUUAUGAUGUCUUAUUAGCAGCCUACCAGAAAAAAUCAAUUGGAAGACCUAACGGCAAAGAAAUACCUUCCAAGAAAAAAGACAUGACAGCCUCAACUCCUACAACACCAACAACGACAGCUACAGCAAUAACAACAAGCACUGCUGGGAAGUCAAUUAAAAACCUUAAAAGAUUACAAAAUCAAGUUUCUGUUAACUGCUCAAACCAUAAAUCUAAUUUAGUUUCUCAAGCGCCGGAAGAGCCUUUUAUAGAUUCAGACGAAGAAGUUGAGUCUGUGAUGCAGGCACUCAGACUGAGUAGACCAACACCAUUGGCGCAAAAGCCAUUUUUCUUUGUUAAACGUAGACGUCAGUGUUUUCGAUUACGGGAUAUAUUAUUGGAUGCCAUUACACCUAAAUCUAUAAAUGACAGCACCAUUACAUCUAUAGAAGCGGCAGAAAGUCGCACAAGCUACUAUCAACAACAGCAACAGCAACAGCAACAGCAACAGCAGCAAUCACAGCCGCAGCAAUCACAACAGCAGCAAAACAAUUUUGGUUACAUUAUCAUGGACAAUAACUUGUUUGACCCAGCCAAUAGUAACUCAUUCUCGGUGAGGUAAAAUGUACAUAUUACACUCUUAUGCAUGUGAUCUUCAAUAAAAACAUAAACAUCUUUUUUUUUAUACAUAACCCAAAACUGGGAAUUGCCUUGUCUGUUGAAGGCAAAAUACAAAUCA